AUGCCGCAAAUAUGUUUUAUCAACAAACCGAAGAAAAUCUUACAGGUAUGGUUAUUUGGGGCUCAAAACCGAGGAAAAAAACAAAAAUAUAUACAACUUGGUGAGAAUUCAAGGGAAUCAUUGUUCAAAGGAGAAUCGUCCAAGGAUAAUAAGCGAGGCUCAAAGGCGCUGCAAGAUGUUCCAAAAGGGUACUUGGCAGUGUAUGUCGGUGCAGAGCUUCAAAGGUAUGUGAUUCCGAUGAGUUAUUUGUCGAUGCCGGAUUUUAAGGUUUUGAUGGACAGUGUUGCUGAGGAAUUUGGUUUUGAGCAAGAAGGUGGCCUUCAAAUUCCCUGUGAAGAGGAAGAUUUUCAGAAGAUACUACUUAGAUGUAUGGCAAUCCACCGAAGCAUGUCCAAGAUCAAGAACAAGAAGGAAAAUUGA